GAACAAAGUGUUGAUGGAGAAUCCUCAUUAUGAGUCUGGAAGCCAAGAUCACGUGACUUUAACAUCAGCUGAUUCACAGGUGUCUCUACAGGAGGUGACAGGGUUAAGGUUAAUCCUAAAACAGCCUUCUCCAGAAUGGAAAACUUUUGGAGUUGAGGAUAUAGAAGUAUUAAAAACCAGUAUUGUUAGUUUGCAGGAACCAAAGAAAAAGCUGCUGAAGGAAAGAAAGGAAAUUAACUUGGAGACAUUGAUCGUUCAAACACAGGCAGCAAUGACUGGACAG